CGAGGAAUGACCCAUAGGGAAGCCACCUCGACACCAGACCUAAAUUAAUAUGCACCUAAAAAAGAACCACGAAUGAACUUCAAGUUCAACCUAUACAAAACUUCUGCUGAGUGACACAGAUCGACCAUCGAUCGAUGUAAACACCAAUCCAAAAAUAUCGCCAGACAUCACUCAGGCUCAGGUACUAAUACUCGCAGAAGGCUCCAUUGACGUCACGGAUCCGGCGAGUAAAUUUCCAAAACACAUCAAUCGAUCUGAAUAAAAGUUUUCCUAAACGUUGGAUAAACAUAUUUUGACAAAAUUGACACCCGUAUCAUAUCUAUCGUGGAAAUAAUCGCACAUAAACAACAAUGUCGUGUAGUGAUUUGUAAACAAUCGUCGAUUCGAUUCCCAUUUAAAAAUCGUUUCGGAAGUUACUCUAGUCCCAGUCAUUUUACUAUUGGAAAAAUAAAUCAACUCGAGUCAUCAGUCAUGGCUCGCUUCAUCGUGAUCGUUUACAUUAGUCUAUUUCUUCUAUGUUUAUUCAUUAAUACGUUCGGAAUGCCCUGCGGUGGUAAAGGAAAGAAGAAAAAGAAGAAGAAAGGUGGUGGCGGUGGUGGUGGCGGCUGUGGCGGAGGUGGAGGAGGAGGUGGUGGCUGUGGUGGAUGCGAUGACUGCGGUGGCGGAUACGGUGGAUAUGGAGGAGGCUACGGAGGAGGAGGUUACGGUGGAGGAGGUUACGGUGGUUGUUAAUGAAUUUUCAAAAUAACUGGACCAGCACCAGCAUCAGCACAUACACUUCAUCACUUCAUAAGUAAUAUGUAAUUGCAUCAUAAUGGCGAAUGUAGGUACUUGUAUCCAAUUUGCAAAUGAAAACAAUGUAAAAACCCCGCUUUAAUUGAUUUAUUAUACCAUACUUCGUGAUAAAUUAAAGUUUCUAUUCGAAGAA